AUGUGCGCUCAAGAAAUAGAGGAUCGUAAAGAGACGGCUCUUUACUACUUCAGUCGGACGUUGGCUCAUACAGUUCAUGUCAUCUCAAAAGCUGACCCAAUCAAGUAUAUCCUUUCAAGACCAGUUCUCUCAGGACGACUUGCUAAAUGGAUUAUAUUCAUAAAACAGUAUGACAUUGUGUACGUGCCGCAAAAAUCUGAGAAAGGUCAAGAAAUAGCAGAUUUCUUUGCAGAUCAUCCAGUGCCACCUGAAUGGGAGCUUUCCGUUGAUUUGCCUGGGGAGGAUGUGUUCUAUAUUGACAUACUCCCACCUUGGGAAAUAUACUUUGACGGAGCUUCCCGUCAAGAUGGUGCUGGAGCAGGCAUUGUCUUUUUAUCUCCAGAAAGACAUGUUUUGACUUACUCCUUUGUGCUAACUCAGUUAUGCUCAUAUAAUAUGGCUGAAUACCAAGCCCUCAUCCUAGGACUUCAAAUAGCCGUGGAAUUAGAAUUAAAGGACUUGGAUAUUUACGGAGAUUCACAACUAGUGAUAAGCCGACUCUUAGGAGAAUAUAAAGUCAAGAAAGAGGAUUUAAUUCCCUAUCACAGACAUGCAACAAAAUUUCUUGAGAAGCUUGACACAACUAAGUUAAAUCAUGUUCCAAGGAGUGCCAACAAAAUGGCUGACGCACUCGUGGGGCUUGCAGCCACUUUGACACUAGGGGCAGAAGAAACCAUGUUUGUACCUGUUUGCAAUCGUUGGUCGUUACUCCUGACGGAGAAGAAGUUGAAGAUGAGGAAGUUGACAUGA